CCACAGUCGUGUAUUUGCUGUCGAGCGAGUAGAGAGCACUUUUGGGAGUUUUACAAACCAGAGCUAUUGUUUAUUUAUGAGUGUGUCAGUCGGUGGAAAAUUAAGAGAUUGAACGCCCCAGAAUCCGGAGACCAAAAGCACAGAUCAAGACCAGAGAAUUUAAUAACCAAAAGCCAACAUGGGUAACGAAACCUCCCUGCCCAUGGACAUGUGCUCCAACUUUGAUGCUGACGAGAUCCGGAGAUUGGGCAAGCGGUUCCGCAAACUGGAUUUGGACAAUUCGGGGGCCUUGAGCAUAGAUGAGUUCAUGUCGCUACCGGAAUUGCAGCAGAAUCCGCUGGUUCAGCGGGUGAUCGACAUUUUCGAUGCGGAUGGCAACGGCGAGGUGGACUUCAAGGAGUUCAUCCAAGGAGUAUCGCAGUUUAGUGUGCGCGGCGAUAAGCUGUCCAAGUUGCGAUUCGCCUUUCGGAUUUACGAUAUGGACAAUGAUGGCUACAUCUCGAAUGGGGAACUCUUCCAAGUGCUCAAGAUGAUGGUGGGCAACAAUCUGAAGGACACACAAUUGCAGCAGAUCGUGGACAAGACCAUUUGCUUUGCGGACAAGGACGAGGAUGGCAAGAUAUCGUUCGAUGAAUUCUGCUCGGUGGUGGGCAACACCGAUAUCCACAAGAAAAUGGUUGUCGAUGUCUAAGAGACCAUUUAUAUAUAUAUAUAUAUAUAGUAGGAUGAUUCCAAAAUGAGUGUGUGUACCUUCCCUUCCUUCAAACCUGUUCAGCUUUAUAAUAAAUGGUCUGUCUGUGAGUCUGUGCGGGCGUUUGAGGCGUGCCAAAAACGAAGCAGUUUAUUCGAUUUAUUUAUACCUAUCGCAUAUAUAGUACACUUAGACCCACACCUGAUCGACCUCUCAUCCUCAGAAUGCAAUGAAUUGUGUCUUAUACUCAUACUUGAAACCACCGGCAACGGACCACUCACUAUAAACUCAUCUCUAUCCCUAUGAGGCAUACUUUCUGGUACUUUACCCCAUGCGAUUUGCCAUACCUUCGAUAAGCCCUUCGCUCGGAUAGGUUACUUAGGAUUGCUCGCAUCAUAUUAAACUAGUUUGUACUAUAUCCUAACUCUACGUUCAAUUCAAGCCUAACACUUAAGUUCAUCUCUUGACUAAAUGUUGUGUAUAAGAUAUGUAAAAAAAAAAAAGAAGAAAACUACAACUACAACUACAAUUAAACACUGUUUAUCGAAAAGCUAAACUAAAGAACCCCGAA